GCCGCCGCCGCCGCCGCCGCCCGAGUCCGGCCUCCCUCCGUUCGCCGCCAUGGCCCGCAGACGCCGACGCCCGGUGAGUCCUCCGACGGCCCCCUUCCCCAGCGCCGGCCCGCACGACAGCCCCGCGAGGCAGCUUCUGUCUCAGCACGUCCAGGCCGUGUUCACCCUCCUGGCUCGCUGGCCUCCCCUCCCAUCUUCACGGAAGCGGUCGGGGCCGCCCCCUGCCAGCCUGGCUCUCCAGUCCUGUAAAAAGCCGGGUUGCCCGAUGCCUGUCAUUCCUAUCCCACGGCGGGUUCGGUCUUUCCACGGGCCCCACACGACAUGCCUGCAUUCGGCCUGCGGGCCGGUCCGGACCGCCCCCUUGGUGCGCACCAAGUACAACAACUUUGAUAUCUACCUGAAAUCCCGCUGGAUGUACGGGGUGAUCCGUUUCCUGCUGUACUUCAGCUGCAGCCUGUUUACCUCCGUCCUCUGGGUGGCGCUGGCGGUCUUGUUUUGCAUCCAGUAUCUCGGCAUCCGGUUCUUCCUCCGCUUCCAAUACAAACUCUCUAUUACCCUGCUGCUGAUGGGCAGGCGGCGGGUGGACUUUAGCCUGGUCAACGAGUUGCUCAUCUAUGCCAUUCAUGUCACCAUGCUGCUGGUGGGCGGGCUGGGCUGGUGCUUCAUGGUUUUUGUCGAUAUGUAAAUAAAAGUCGGUGUGAGGGGGGAGCCAGAGCCAGGGUGACUCUUGGCCUGGGGAUCAGAUCCGUCUCUGAUCCUUCCUCCACCCUCCUCCUGUAAUCUCUC